UGUUGUAACAGACUGAAGCAGGUGUUUCACUUUCCUACGACUGAGCUGUGGUUCAUUGGUUUUUAUUCUACGACUUUGUUUCAGUCACUUCCUCAAAGCGGCAGCAUGAAAAGUGUGACACUAACAGGUUAUGUGUAUGCGUGUGUCAUUUGCAGUUUGAGCUGCAGAGCUGAUCUACCAGGACACAUUUACCCAGACGUCUUAGGAUCAAUGGACGAAAUAUACGCAAACGCUGAACAUGUCAAGUCUGUUGAGUCAAGACGUUCAGUAGAUCAGACAGGUGUCAGGGACUCACACAGGAGACGUCAUGGAGCUGCUGUCGUGUGUCUGGGGCUGCUGAGUGUUUUCCUGGUGGCUGGGCUCAUUGGCCUCGGGCUCCACUAUCAUAACGUGGUACGUGAUGCAGCAGCAGAAACCUCAGCUGUCAAAGCCAACCUGAGCGAGCUUCUACAGACCAGUAAUGACAAACUGUCUUCAGUUACGAAGGAGCGAGACCAGUUGAAGGCCAACCUCGCUGUGAUGGAGCAGAGAGACAGGAUGCUCAGACUGUCCAGACAGAGCAAAAGUUGUCCUACAGGAUGGAAGAAGUUUGGAUUUUCCUGUUAUCAUGUCUCCAGUCAGUCUGGGAACUGGACAAAGGGAAGAGAAGAAUGCAGAAAGAGUGGAGCAGACCUGGUGGUGGUCGACAGCGCUGAGGAGCAGAAUUUUCUCACUAAAUUGACUAAACAGGAAAGCUGGAUUGGUUUGAGUGACUCAGACAAAGAGGGGACCUGGAAAUGGGUCGAUGGAAGUCCGCUGACUGUGACGUUCUGGUUGGAUGAGCAGCCUGAUAACGGCAACGGUAUCUCACAAUACGGGGAAGAAGACUGUGUUCACAUCAGAUCGGAUGCCCCAGAUAAAUGGAACGAUCUCUCAUGUGAAGCCUCACGACUGUGGAUCUGUGAAAAAGACAUUUAGAGCUUUGUCGGCUGAAGAAUGUCAUAGCCAAACACUGCAGCAAAGAAUUGGACUUCUAUACAAAGGUACUAAAAAACUAACAGAGCAUGAGGAGGAAGAGAAUGAGAAAAAAAAAAGUAGUAGUGGUUAUAUAUUUAAGCCGAAAAUGAAACAACAGCAACCUGUACAUUCUGCAAAAAAAGUUGUUAAAUACAGUGACAACACCACCAAUUUAUAUUAUAUAUUUAUAUUUACUGUUGAACUAUGUCUGUUUUAAUUAAAUUAAUACAAAUUAAUACAAAACACCUAAAAUUCAUGAAAAUGUAUUAAUAUUUGAUAAUAUAUAUACACUAUAUAGGAGAUAUAUCUUUGAUGGUUGAAACAUUUCAUAACUAAAUAUUGCAGCAAAUAGUUAGACUUCUACAAAAAAGGUAAUGAAAUGAAUAAUCGGCUGUCUAAUUAGAACAGAUCUGCUGUUACUGUACAUGCUUCUGUUCUUCAUGGCUUCUGUUCUUCAUGGCUCCUUGAUCUAUUUUAAUACCAUUUGGCCUUUGGGUUACAACCAUUAAACCCACUGAAAGCCACUUCCUCUGAAACUGGCACCUAUAGAGCAGCACUAUUCAUUAAAUGUUUUAACAGGGCCUCAUGUUAUUCUUACAUACAUUUUUGGUCAGUUUCUGCUCUUAACAAUUGUACUUUUAGAUUCAAAAAAAUGAUCAUAACAUUUUAAAAAUGAAUUUGGGCAGAUCUCUCAGAUCUCUGUG